AUGGCAGCGCAGUGGAAGCCGAGAUCGAGAUUGAGAGAUGUGCAGAAUCAGAUCGCAUUUGGGUCACGCCAAGAGCGGAAAAUGUUCCCCCUGCACCAGGCCCCUGACAGGCUGGGAAUCCAGCUGAUAACCAUCAGGGGACACCCUUCGCUCGGGCCAGGCUGUUACCUCAGUCAGGAGAGAAGCAGCCACAGGUUCUCUUUGGAAAACAAACCACUGAGCAAGAAAGGCUACGUGAUAGGAGCCAGAACAGCCCAGCGUUUCAUACCGGAGCCACAGACUGUGACUCCCAGCCCAACAACGUACCAGUCAUUCUGGACGAAAGAGAGGAAAUGUCAGCCUGCAUAUGCUCCGUUUUCCAUGAAGGCACCACGAUUUCCAGAUAAGCCUUCAAGCAAAGAAUUAUUCCCUGGACCUGGAACUUACGAAGCAGACAAGCAAUUACACAGAAAAGUCACUUGGCCGAUGAAAUUUGGGUCUCCAGACUGGUCUUUAGUGCCCACGCCAGCAAGGAAGAUGCUAAAAAUGGAGGUACAGAAGCUGACUAUGGACAAGGAAUUUAUGAAACACCGGGGUCGAGUGGCCUACCUGAGUUUAUACUUCAGCCAAGAAGACCAGGCUGCCGCCGCACGUCCUCCCCCUUCAGCCAAGAAGCUUGGGUCUCGCCUCUGCUUCUCACCUCACCCACUUCUGGAGAUGUUCAUCUGCACUCCCCCAAAUAAAACCAUUUAA